GCAUUUUCUAUAACAAGACAAGACAGCUGCAGCUGAUUCUUUUUGUUAAAGAAUCUUUUUCAAAUUUUGAUGGCAACACUUUUCAGUGUCCCCCUGGAAACAGUUUCUGUUGUCGUGUGGUGCUUCUUGCAGCAUGUUUCUGUAUUUGGUUGUUUUCUGUAUUUGCAACAUUUUUGAACUCUCAUGGCCUCCAUACUCUUUGCCCUUUUGUUUUUUCAAAAUGUUCUGACUUCAACCCUUUUAACUUAGAAGAAUAUUUAUCAUCUGUUCCCUUUAAGAUGAAACAUAUCAGUUGCCUGACAACGCUCCGCCCUUUACCUUCCAUCAUCUGAGACAAGCCAGAAAAGCAAGUUUGUUCCUGUUGAGUUGUCAGGGAGAAAAGACGCACUGACAGACAGACAUACUUAUUACAAAGCUGUGACUUCAACUGAGGGAGGACAGUUACAGGAAGGAGCUCUGAAGUAUUGAAGAAGUUAAAUACUUUUUAAUACCAACUGUAAUCUGCUAGACUCAGAGUGAAAGUAACCGAGGCAACUUUCUGCAUCAGGGAGGGGUACACUGUGACACACCUUUAACGCCAUUUGCUGUGUUUUCAUCUGCACUCAGAGACAAAAUGGCUUCCAGAUCAGAGAAGGAUUUCUACUGUCCGGUCUGUUCGAUCUGUUAUGAAGUCUUUAGAGAUCCUGUUCUUCUGUCAUGUAGCCACAGCUUCUGUAAAUACUGUCUGAAGAGCUGGUGGAGAGAGAAACCAACACGUGAGUGUCCAGUUUGUAAGAGAAGAUCUUCAAAGCCAGAACCACCUCGUAACCUGGAGUUAAAGAAGCUGUGUGAGAGUUUCUUACAGCAGAGAGAUCUGAGAGCUUCAGAGGCUCUCUGCCGUCUGCACUCGGAGAAACUCAAACUCUUCUGUCUGGACCAUCAGCAGCCGGUGUGUCUCGUCUGCAGAGAUUCAGAAAAACACACCAACCACAUAAUCAGACCCAUCAAUGAAGCUGUACGACAACACAGGAAGAAACUCCAGGAAACUCUGAAACCCUUAAAGGAGAAGUUAAAGGUUUUUGAACUAGUUAAAGUGAAGUUUGAGCAUACAGCAAAACACUUGAAGGUCCGGGCUCGACGCACAGAGACGCAGAUUAAGGAUCAGUUUAAGAAGCUUCACCAGUUUCUAGAAGAGGAAGAGGAGGCCAGGAUGGCUGCACUGAGGGAGGAAGAGGAGCAGAAGAGUCAGAGGAUGAAGGAGAAGAUGGAGGCUCUGAGCAGAGAGAUGGCAGCUCUUUCAGACACAGUCAGAGCCACAGAGGAGCAGCUGAGAGCUGAAGACGUCUCAUUCCUGAUCAACUACAAGGCUGCAGUGGAAAGAGUCCAGCAGAGCCCCCUGCUGGAUGAUCCACAGCUGCUCUCAGGAGCUCUGAUAGACGAGGCCAAACACCUGGGCAACCUGAGCUUCAACAUCUGGAACAAGAUGAAGGACAUGGUCUCCUACACUCCUCUGAUUCUGGACCCAAACACUGCUGGUCCAUUACUCAUCCUGUCUGAAGAUCUGACCAGUGUGAGACGAGGAGGAAAGAGACAGAAUCUUCCUGAUAAUCCAGAGAGGGUUGAUGAUUACUUCUCUGUCCUGGGCUCUGAGGGCUUUAACUCAGGGACUCACAGCUGGGAUUUCGAGGUUGGAGACAAUACAUACUGGAGAGUGGGUGUGUUAGCAGAGUCUGUCCAGAGGAAGGGAGUCAUACCUUCUGGAUUAUGGAGAAUAUGGUUCUCUAAAGGUAAAUACUCAGCAUGGUCUCCACCAGCUCCAGACACUGAUCUCCCGUUUAAGAAGCAGCUCCAGAGGAUCAGAGUGACUCUGGACUGGAACAGAGGAAAGCUGUCGUUCUCUGAUCCUGACACUAACACACACAUACACACCUUCACACACACUUUCACUGAGAGGCUGUUUCCAUACAUUAGCACAGGAGUAGUCCAGCUGAAGAUAUCCCCACUGAAGGUCUGUGUGACAAAACAACAGGUCUGAUAGUCUUUAGUUUGAAGAGGGUGAUAAUAAUAGUAAACAAUUGUUCACUUCGUAAUUUAAUACCUCUCCAUCUAUCUAUGUAGAUGUAUACAUGUACGAGCAAAUUUUCUGAAAUAAAUGCUCAAAUAAGUCCCAACUUUAUACUUGCAGCAGCUUACAGUAACAGGAAACAGCAGUUUUCUCCCUGACACAAGGAAAAAACUAUGUUGUUGUAAAAACACACCAAAUGA